CUUUAAUCACUCAUGUGGUGGAGAGCCGCCGGCGAGCCGAGUUCCUUGUGUCGUGGGAGGACGGAGAGAGAAACGGGAAGACGGAGUCGGAGAACUCGAGAGGAAAGUUAUCACUGGUGACUCCCCCACUCCUCCUCCUCCUCCUCCCCCCCCCACACACAGCUGAAGACACGUCCAGUCUACGGCCAGACUGAGAGGAGAGCAGGUGAACAAGCGAGACCCAAAGGAGCCCAGGCUGCCCCCCCCCCCUCUUCCAGACGCAGACCUCUCCCGGUUCUAACCGAAGACGCUGCCCUCCAGACUGCAGUAUGUCCUUCCGCCUCUGCCCCCCACCGGCAUGAUCUCCCACCACCCUCUGACCACGCUGCUGCUCUGGCCCGCGGCUCCCAGCCACCACCACGCAGACCUGGACUGCAGCCUGUUGCCGGAGGGGGAGGGAGGUGUCGCCCUGCAGAGGUACCAGGCUCGCUCGCCGGAGAGCAGCCCCCGCCACUGGAGCUCUGUGCAGGACUGGGGGGAGGAAGUCGAGGAAGGAGCCAUCUACAAUGUGACGCUGAAGCGGGUUCAGAUUCAGCAGGCGGCCAACAAAGGGGCGCGAUGGCUCGGGGCGGAGGGGGAUCGCCUGCCUCCCGGCCACACGGUGAGCCAGCUGGAGACCUGCAAAAUCCGAAGCAUCCGCGCCGGAACACUGGAGCGUCUGGUGGAGACGCUGCUGACGGCGUCCGGAGACAACGACCUCACCUACACCUCCAUCUUCCUGUCCACCUACAGAGCCUUCGCCAGCACGCAGACCGUCCUGCAGCUGCUGCUCGACAGGUACGGCAGCCCGGAGCGAACCGAGCAAGACGCAGGAAAAUGCAAAGGCUCUGAAUCCGACGGCGCCAUCAGAAGUGCCUUGGCCUCCAUCCUGCGUGCCUGGUUGGACCAGUGUCCUGAAGACUUUCAAGAGCCCCCCGACUACCCGUGUCUCCACAUGCUGAUGGACUACCUGCGCAGGGCGCUGCCCGGCUCCGAGGCGCUCAGACGGGCCGAGGGCCUGCUGGAGCAGCUGCAGAGUCAGGCCGCCCUGGACGACACUGACGCUGGUUUCCACGGGAACAGUUCUUUCUGCCUGGGGGAGGAGGAGGAAGUGGAGGUCGAGGUCCAGGAGAACUUCCUGUCGUUCGAGUCCGACCUGGUGGCCGAGCAGCUGACCUACAUGGACGCGCUGUUGUUCAAAAAGGUGGUGCCCCACCACUGCCUGGGCUCCGUCUGGUCUCAGAGGGACAAGAAGCACAACAAGCACAGCGCCCCCACCGUCCGCGCCACGAUCACGCAGUUCAACGCGGUGACGGCCUGCGUGGUCAGCACGGUGCUGAAGCACCGGCAGAUCAGGCCGCAUGUCAGAGCGCGGGUCAUCCAGCGCUGGAUAGAAAUCGCUCAGGAGUGUCGAAUACGCAAAAACUUCUCGUCUUUGAAAGCCAUCGUGUCGGCGCUGCAGUCGAACCCUCUGUACAGGCUGAAGAGGGUGUGGGCCUGUGUGCACAAGGACAGCAUGCAGACCUUUGAGGAGCUGUCGGACAUUUUCUCCGAUCACAACAACUACCUGACCAGCAGAGAGCUCCUCAUGAGGGAAGGCACUUCAAAGUUUGCCAGUCUGGAGAGCUGCGCCAAGGAGCACCAGAAACGCACACACAAGAGACUGCAGCUACAGAAGGAAAUGGGGGCCAUGCAAGGAACGAUACCGUACCUGGGGACCUUUCUAACGGACCUGACCAUGAUGGAUACGGCGCUGCCUGACUUGAUAGAGGGCGGCCUGAACAACUUCGAGAAGAGACGUCGGGAGUUCGAGGUGAUCGCGCAGAUCAAGCUGCUCCAGUCGGCCUGCAACAGCUACUGUCUGUCCCCGGAGCCGGCCUUCCUGCGCUGGUUUAAGGGCCAGGCUCAGCUCAGUGAGGAGGAAAGCUACGCCUUGUCCUGCGAGAUCGAAGGUCUCGGUGACAGCAGUCCGACCUCACCCAAACCUCGAAAAAGCAUGGUGAAGAGACUCAGCCUGAUGUUCCUCGGACCAGACAGCAACGCGGCCACUUCUCCCGCCCGGGAGACGCCGCGCUCGCCUCCCACCGGCAGCUCGGGGGAGAGCAUGGACUCGGUCAGCGUGUCCUCCAGUGACUCCAGCAGCCCGUCGGACAGCGAGGGCCUCACGCCCACCCACACCGCCGACCCCCAGCAGAACAAGCUCUCGGAGUCGUCCUCUUGUAAUUCACUCCACUCCAUGGACACCAGCUCCUCCACGGCCAGCGUUUCCGUGACUACCGCGUCCCCGUCACCUCCCGGGCCCCCCUGCACCCACAGGCGCUCCGUCUCUCUCACGCCGGUGUCCCCCAGCACGCAGAGUCCAGCCCCGGCUUAUAACACGCAGGCCCAAGAUGCGUGCAUCAUAAGAGUGAGCCUGGAGCAAGGCAACGGGAAUCUCUACAAGAGCAUACUGCUGACCAAUCAAGACAAGACUCCGGCGGUGAUUUCUAGAGCCAUGGCGAAGCACAACCUGGAGGUGGAGCCGGAGGAGGGAUACGAGCUGGUGCAAGUCAUCUCUGAGGAGCGAGAACUGGUGAUCCCCGACAACGGCAACGUCUUCUACGCCAUGAACACCUCCGCCAACUACGACUUCCUGCUGCGGGUGCGAGGCUCGUCGAGGCUGCCGGUGCAGCUGCGGAGCCGCUGCAGCUCCACCCUCCCCCGGGCGCAGCAGCACCGCUCCAGCCUGUCGCUGAGACUCAGCAAGGUCACGCUGUGACCCCGGACUGCACGGUCCCGCCGGUUGUACCUCCUUUUUUUUUCUUCUUUUUUUUUCUGUCUUUUCAAACCGUUAAUCCGGGACCAAGAAAAGGGGGGCGGACUCUAUGCGAGCCCGCCGGGUUUCUUAGGGGGGGCGGACGAGGAGCUCCGGAGGAUCCACGAGGAGUCUUCAGACAUUUUGAGAGCUCCUCUUUGACGCUGAUCUUGAGUCUCCCCUUGAACUGUGCCACUCCCCCCUCCCCGCCUUGAUAUUGGGCCUGUGUGGCGUGACUGCGGUGCCAGUGGGACUUGACUUUUGACUCUGGACUCGUAGUGCCUGUGAGAGAGUGAAGCAGCGCCCCCUAGUGGCAUCGGCUCUUCACCACAGGAUUUUGCACAUUGUUCUGGGAGCGGCCGAGCUCCUGACCGCCAACAGUAUUCCGAUCGUGAAUGAACGUCUUGUGAAGUUUGUGUCGGGCUGAAUGUUCACUUUACUGGUGUGAUGAAUGCAGAAAGCGAAGGGAGGUGGUGGAAUAGUAGGAGAAGCUGACUGAAUCCUGAUGCCUUUUACCGAUGAAUGAAUGAAUGGACCUCUGCUAGUGUUUCUAAAUGAUAUUAAUUGGUUAAUUGAUUGACAGGAGCUGCGAUGUCAUUGUUUUCUCUAGUCGGGCAUGUUUACCUGCCGUGUCCGGCUUGUGCACAGUGUGCACUGUGUUUGUUUGUGUAUCCAGCCCCUCUCAUAAUAUGAGCUGAGUGACGAAUGUUCGGUGCAUUCUGAUUGGUUCCCUUACUUGGUUUUAACAAGUCCAUGGCAACUAUUUUAAAGGCCUUUCCCGCCCGUCUCUAGUGUUUAGAGACGGAAUCUGUGCUACUUUCUAAUCCAGGAAGAUGCUCCUUGUCCUCCUCGCAGUUUCAGAAUUGUUUUUAAAUAAGUAAUAAAUGUAUGUGCCAGAACAUGGAGGAAGAGGAAGCCGACUUCCUGGAUCGGAAACACUUGCACCUCUUUGCCUUCAUCACAUGAGCUGCACUUGUUGGUAGGAGAAGCCAAUGGGAUGUGACUAUAGAAGCGUGAGCGAGCCGCUGUGUGUGCGUGUGUGCGCGUGUGUGUGGUUUUUCCCUAAAAUGUAUUCUUAUUUUUGUUUGUAAUUGUUGCUUUUUAGAAAAAAUGGUUUUUGUUACACAAUUCAAACCGGACACGUUGGAGAGCGACACGGUAAAUGUUAACGAAUUUAGGGGAUCAAUUUUAAAAAAAAGAAAGAAAAAAAAGAAGAGAGAACUGACGGCGGUACCAGAUUUUUACUGUGAAACACGCGAGGAAAUCUUUACUUACACGCCACGUAGUAAAGACAUGCGGUGCACACGGCGACGCCUCUCACCUGUCACAUGACCGCGGCCCACGUGAACACUCCCGCGAGCCUCCCUUUCAGUUCUAACGCACUCCUGCAGGUCUUACUUUGCUCUCGUGCCAAUUUGUCCGACCUGUUGAUGUUACUUCCCCACUGGGAGAACUGGUUCCCUGCUGGACUCAAGUCUAUGGUCCAGUUGGGCUAAUAAUUUGUCUCCGUGCAGCACUUCCCUUUUUUUUUUUUUUUUUUAAUUUUCUCAUUAACUCCACCUCUGUUCGUGUGGUCUUCACUGCCAAAGACUUUUACUUUACCUAAAUAAAUAAAUUAUUAUCAUUGUUA